GCACGAAGUCAUCUCUCUCUCUUUCUUUGUCUUUCCUGUCCUCUCUUCCUUGUUCUUGUUCUCUCUCUGUUCCUCCCCUCUCCUUUCUCAUCGUCUUGGUGUUAUCAAUCCAUGGUCGACUCUGCUCUCUCUUCGUCCUUUCUCGGUAUUGUCAAUUCGAGUACCUAUCCUCUGUCAUAACCCAGGGAGCCUGGUAUUUUUCUCGUUUUUCAGUGGUCGAGUUGCUCGGAAUCAGUUCUCUUUUCCUAUUAGGGAACGAUCUAGGUACUGAAAUCAAUCGGAAUAUGACCUGAAUCUACGAGAUGUUUUGACUGAGUGAGCGAUUCUCUCAGGAUUUGAUUGGGUUUUUGAUCUGUUUGGUGGUGGUGUUGGCGAUGGAGGAUUCCGAUAACAAGAGGUGUAGGUCGAGUGGCGUGACGAUAGAUGGCGUCAUCGAGCAAGUGAUACCGUACAUAACCGACCCCAAGGACCGUGAUUACGCGUCGCUGGUGUGCCGGAGAUGGUGCAAGGUCGACGCCGAGACGAGGGAGCACGUGACGUUGUCUCUCUGCUACACGGCGAAGUCCGACUGCCUGAGCCGCCGCUUCUCAAAUCUGAGGUUGAUGAAGCUGAAGGGCAAGCCCAGAGCCGCCAUGUUUAAUCUGAUUCCGGAGAACUGGGGAGGGUAUGUUACCCCUUGGGUGAACGAGAUCGCGGCCUCUUUCCGGCAGCUCAAAUCGGUUCACUUCCGGCGUAUGAUAGUCAGCGACUUGGACCUUGAUCUUCUGGCGAAGGCCAGAAAAGACGAGCUCGAGGUUUUGAAGCUCCAUAAGUGUUCUGGGUUCUCUACUGAUUGGCUUUUGAGCCUUGCUCGACAUUGUAGGCGAGAGCUUGAACGCGGCCAAAGUAUCCAUGCAGUUGAGUGCCUGAUGCAUAACACCCGAGGCUUCUCUGAUCAGAGUGUCUCCGUCUCCUCUCGCCAAACACUUGAGGGCAUCGUCAAGGUAAUACAGAGCAAGGCCAUAUUCCCCUGAGAUAUUCUUGUAGACACCCUUUGAGGAAAGAUCAGUUGCUUUCUCGAUGUUCAAAUCGAUAUGUUUUCGUGUUUCUGUUGCGAUUUGGCGUGCAGAAUCGAUGAUGAGUUUGGCAAGGCUGAGAAGAUCUGCUUUCGUUGUCUCGGGUUUCGAUUUUAAGAACUUCAGACAAAACCCAGGAUUUGUUGCCCUCGAGCAGAUGUGUUCGAUUUCAGAUUCUAAAGGUUUGAUGGUAAAUCUUGCGGAUGAGGAGACAACAAGAAAUAGACAAAUCGCAAGAGGAGCCAUCAGAACAUUGGUUUUGAGGUUGGAAGC